AUGAAUCUUGCGGAAUCUGACCAACCGCUGCAAAGUGGCCCCGAGGCCCUUUCGCAAACAACGGCGCGUCUCUCCAUCUCCAUGGCCGAACCCAGCUCCGACUUGAAGGUCGUGCGCGAGAUGCUCUCGGAGUCCCAAAAGGGUGCAAAUAAAACACCGGUUUUCUUGUCUCCAUUUGACGACGAGGCCGACGAAUCUGGCGCCACUGCUGCGCCGGCCCCUCCCGCAGUACCGCACCUGUCGGCAAAGAGGAGACGGUCCUCGGCCCACAGUAUCGCUCUUGUGCUGGGCAAGGUGCACAAAAGAAAGAGCAAACGGACCAACGAGCCGCUCUCGCUCCUGUGGUCAGAGCAGCUGGGUCGAGCUAUCACUUUGAACAACUUGCGUUUCUUCAUGUUGGACGUCUUCCUGGCCAAGGGGCUGUGCAACACCCCGUGCUUCCAAUUGUCUGCGCCCUGGAAGUUGAAGAACAUCGUGUUUGCAUUCGUGCCUGAGCUCCGGAUCUCUGACUUCUCUGUUGCUGCCGUGCCUGCGUCCCUGAAGGGGCCGCCCGCCCUCUGGGCCCUUGACAAAACCCCGGGUUCGAACGAGUCACUUCCGUUUUUGGCAAGCCUGUUCAAAUACGUGCUUCCUACCACCUUGCCCGAGUCCAUGCCCUCGCCCAACAACGUGCUCUUGCUGGUGCCGUUGUCUAAGAAUGCAAAGAAAAAGCGCGCUGCCGAAAUGAGCCAGGUCAAGUUGGUUCUAUACGACUUGCUCCUCACCAAACAAGAGAUGCAGAGCAACAAAUACCCCAUACACACUCUGCUCGACCCCUCGCCGGAAAAUGCGCUCGGUGACGGAUGGGUGCAAACGAGAGAAUUCGAACACGAGGGCUCGCAUACUUUCGCUUUGGACUGUGAAUUCUGUCAGGCCGAGUCAGGCAUGGUCCUCACCAGAAUCUCCAUCGUGAACUUUCAGAACGAAGUCGUGUACGACCAGCUUGUGAAACCCGACGAGCAGAUUGUGGACUACGUGACUAAGUACUCAGGGAUAACCGAAAACAUGCUUGCUGGCGAGACCACCACCUUGAAGGACGUGCAAGAGAAGGUUCUCUCGCUCGUCUCUUCCAGCGACAUUUUGAUUGGCCACUCUCUCAACUCGGACUUGGAAGUCAUGAAAAUCAGGCAUCCAAACAUCAUCGAUACCGCGAUCUUGUUUGAGCAUCACCGAGGAUAUCCUUUCAAACACGCCUUGAAGUACUUGGCAGAGACCCACUUGGCCAGGUCCAUUCAAAAAGGAGAACAAGACGGCACCGGACAUUCUUCAGUGGAAGAUCUGCGGGCGUGUUUGGACUUGGUGAAGCUCAAAUUAAUCGAGGGUCCAGAUUUUGGUAAAGUCUUGGGGACCUCUCUUUUCAGAAGCGCGUAUGAUACAAAUCCAAAGUUCCAAAGCUCGCUCGUUGAUUACCUGAUGAAUGAGUACGACUGUCUCUUGAAGGAUAUGAAAGAGCCAAACUUGGCCAGGACUGUUGUCACCAACGACGAUGAGGCCGUGGACACCGCGAUUAAGAAUCUAGCAACCAAACCUUUGCACCUUCUCUGGCUCAGAGAGCUCCAGUUCAACUGCGCAAGGAAAAAUCUUCCGCCAAAUUACAGUGGCCGCAUCGUUGACGAAGCAGGCAAAGCUGAGAGGAAAGCCCCAACUGUCUCUACUGAAGACCGGUCCAGUUUGCUCAAGGCCUUGGAUAAGCGGCUUGAACGUUUGUACAACGAGUUGCCAACAGACUCCUUAUUGAUCAUUAACACAGGUGGCGGAGACCCCACCAAAAUGAACUAUCUCAACUACGUGAAACGCCUGUUUCAGAGACAAUUGAAGGCCGGCAAAGACAUCACAGACUUUUCAGAGGAGGAGGUGUGGACCUAUAAUAAAGCCACUGAGCUCCAGGAGGCCACUGACGCUGCAAGACAAGGUAUGACAUUCAUGUCGUUGAAACAUUAG